CUUUACAGCUAAUCAUGGGAGCAAAUCUUUUACCAGUUUGUGUUGUGAUAUUUCUGUUUUGGGAUGGCACCCACGCUCGAUCUGCAGGACAAGAAUUUGCCACUGCGUUCAUGCAAAACUAUGUCUCUCCUUUUGACCUCCCGCUCUUUCAGCUUUAUAUCACUUGUCUGAAUAAUAAUUGCCUGGUGAAGGUCUUCAUACCAGGUCUUCGUUUCACCCAGGAGGUGCAGCUGACCAAGGGUCAGGGCAUCACGGUGACCCUCCCCAAUGAAGUUGAGCUGUCUGGCACCAAAAGAUCCCGCAAUACUGUAUCCAUUCAGUCAUCUGAAGAUGUAACAGUUUCCUCAUUAAACUCAAAACAGUACACAGCAGAUACGUCGCUGGUUUAUCCAUUGAGUGAAUGGGGCACUGAAUAUUUUGUGUUCACCCCUACCAACUCCCCUCCAUCUAUGUUGAAGGAGUUUGUGAUUGUCAACGGUAAAGAUCAAAACACUGUUGAGGUGUUUCUUCGAGCAGCGGUCCGGUUCGAAGGCCGCUUAUAUGCUGUUGGCAGUAAACUAGUUGUGGUGUUGGAGCCUUUUGAAAAUGUUCAAAUCCAAAGUCAAGGAGAUUUAACAGGAACCCGCAUUUCAUCGCAGCUUCCCAUCGCUGUGUACUCGGGUCACAUGUGCACAUGGUGGUUUUCUAAGUGCAAUCACGUUUAUGAGCAACUCUUGCCCGUGCAAGGCUGGGGAACUCAGUACCUGGUGGCUCCGCUUAGUAUCCAGACCCAGUUUGACAGCAUUUAUAUUCAGGCAUCUCAGUCAACAAAUAUAACCAUUCAGUUCGGCCGUACUUCAUUAACAAACGUUCUUCAGCGAGGUCUUAUCCUAGAGUACAAAAUCCAGUUUCCUGAUGGUCUUAACAUCAUGGCGGACAGCGGAAUCCAGGUGCUCUUUCUGUUUAAUGGUGUGCGAACAUCCAGCGGUAUCAUAUAUGAUCCGUUUCUUGUAAAUGUUCAGCCUAUCAACCGUUUCUGUACCUCGUAUGCAGUUGAUGGGAUUGCAGGCUUUGGCAACCGAGCCCUCCUGAUUGUUCCCACCAGUGAACAAGCAGGGAUGCGCUUUGAUAGCUCUUCUUUACCUGGAAACCUUCAAUGGAGGGUCAUCAAAAACAGCAACUAUUCCUGGACUGAACUGAUUUACCAGACUGGUGCAGGUCAGCACAAAAUAACCCAUCCAAGCACUUCUUUUGGCAUCUAUAGUGUUGGAUUUGAUCAAGCAAAUGGGUACGGAGCCCCAGCACCAUGCAUUGAUCCAGUGGGUUUGGCAUCACCUCGCUCUUGCUUCGGCAUCAUCUGUAAUGAGGAUGAGGAGUGCAUGAUGAAGGAUUCAUCCCCCGUCUGUGUAAAGAAACCAUUAGGAAUCUGUUGGGCUAUGGGUGACCCUCACUAUUCCACAUUUGACCAGCGUUAUUUUGACUUCAUGGGCACUUGCACCUAUGUUGUCACCAAGAACUGCCAGAAAAAUGACAGUCUGCCUGCUUUUGAAGUCCUGGCUAAAAAUGAAAACCGCGGAGACACGAGAGUCUCCUAUGUGGCACAAGUAACUGUGCAUAUCGGUGGCAUCACAAUCAGUGUUGAGAGUUCUAAACCCGGCAAAGUCCAGAUUGACCAGAUUUUGUGGAGCCUUCCUGUCAUUCUUGACGAUGUUGGAGUGAACAUUUUUCAGUCUGGGAGUUUCAUCAGCAUCCUCUUUUCUUUCGGACUGAAUGUGCAGUAUGACUGGAGCCACUAUCUCAUGGUCUCCCUUCCCACUGUCUUCAUGAAUAAAGUCUGUGGACUUUGCGGCAACUUCAAUGGUGAUCCCGCUGAUGAUUUCACAAUGCCUUCCAACACCCAGGCUCCCAAUUCAACAGCGUUUGGCCAAAGUUGGAAAGUCCUGAACCUAACACUGGAUAAGGGCUGUAGAGAUGAUAAUGGAGGUCAUGAAUGUGAUGCUCAAGCACUUCAACAAUGGCAGACUGAAAACUACUGUGGACUUUUAAUGAAAGACCCAUUCAGCCAGUGUCACUCUGUUAUAGACCCUAAUAUUUACAUCCGCAACUGUGUGUAUGAUGUUUGCUUGGCAGACGGGAGUGGAAGCUACUUGUGUAAGGCGUUAGAGGUGUAUGCAAGUGUAUGUCAACGUGUUGGGAUACAGCUAACCAAAUGGAGAGAAGUGGCCAAUUGUACUUACAGAUGCCCUGAAAACAGCCAUUAUGAAUCCUGUGGUAGCGCUUGCCCUUUGACCUGCAUGGACCUCAAGUCUCAUAAAAACUGCACUUUACCUUGUAUUGAAACGUGCACUUGUGAUCCUGGGUUUGUUCUGAGCGGAUCCAAAUGUGUCGCAUCGACCCAAUGUGGCUGUUCCUACAAUGGACGAUAUGUUCCUGCUGGGGAGACUUUCUGGGCAGAUAACGCUUGCCAGAGGCUUUGUCAUUGCUCCGUAGAGGGUGGACUUCUUGAAUGCCAGGAUGCCAGUUGUGGAGCAGGAUUGCGCUGUGAGGUGGUCAAUGGCAUUACAGGGUGUUAUCCGUUCCUCCAAAGCACCUGUAUGGCACUUGGAGACCCCCACUACUACACCUUUGAUGGGAAGUUCUUCGACUUCCAGGGCAGCUGCGUAUAUCAGUUAGCUGGAGUCUGUGUCUCAGCUCCUGGCUUGGUGCCCUUUAAUGUGCUGGUGCAAAAUGAGUUCCGUGGAAGCAAAGUGGUGACAUUCACCAAACUACUGGAGAUUAAAGUAUAUAACAUCAGCAUUGUUAUUGAUAGAGAAUAUGCUGGAUUUGUUACCGUCAACGGUGUUCUGUUGAAUCUCCCAUUUAAUCUUCUUCAAGGUCAGGUUUCUGUCUUCAGAAGUGGCUUUUAUGCUGUUGUUCAAACCUCUUUCGGCCUCAAAGUCACGUUUGAUUGGAACAGCUUUGCAACCGUCACCGUCCCAAGCACCUACAUGGGUGCCGUUUGUGGCCUCUGCGGGAACUAUAAUGGAAACCCAGAGGAUGAUUUAGCUGUCAAAGGAACAACUUCACUUGCUUAUGGAGCCAUGGAGUUUGGUGCCAGUUGGCUUGUAGCUCAGAUCCCAGGCUGUGCUCAUGGCUGCACGGACAACUGUCAGACUUGCGAUCCAUCCAAAAUGAGCCUCUAUGGGACGUCUGAUUACUGUGGGCUGCUGCGUGACCCACAGGGGCCUUUCAGGAACUGUCAUACCGUCCUAAACCCUGGUGCAUUUUUUGAGGACUGUGUUUAUGAUGUCUGCCUGUAUGAAGGAAGGAGAGAUAUCCUGUGCCAAGCCAUAACGGCGUAUGCAUCUUCCUGUCAGGCCAUGGGAAAGACCAUCAGUCCCUGGAGAAGCGCUGAAUUCUGUGGUGUUCAGUGUCCUCUCCACAGCCAUUACGAGCUGUGUGGAUCUGGUUGUGAAGUGACCUGUGAGAGUUUGGCUCCUCCGGCUGGCUGUCGUAGCCUCUGUAUGGAAGGAUGUGUGUGUGACCAGGGCUUCAUCAGGAGCGGGGAUCGAUGUGUCCCGCUGGCCCAGUGUGGUUGUGUUUAUGAAAGCCGCUACUACUUGCUUUACCAAAAGUUCUAUCCUGGCAAUAGCUGUGAGGAGAUGUGCACGUGUUCACCAGACAGCCAGGUGGUCUGUAAUAAGAUAUCCUGUGGCCCCUUUGAGAAGUGCGAGUUGGUGGAUGGUGUUCAAAAAUGCCAGCCAAUCGGGAAAGCUAUUUGUCAAGCUUCUGGAGACCCACACUACGUGACGUUUGACGGACGACUCUUUGAUUUCCAGGGCACCUGUAGAUAUAUACUGGCCCAGUCCUGUGGUGUGGAUUGGAGCAACCUCACCUCUUUCUCCAUCCAGGUGGAGAAUGAGCGAUGGACUCCCAAUAGAGUGUACAAAGUCUCCGUUACCAAGCAAGUGGCUGUAAUUCUGUAUGGCAGCACCUUUGUCUUAAGACAAAACCAGCCUCAGAUCUCGGUCAAUGGGGUUUUAACAAACCUACCAUACAGUUCAAACAGUUUAAAUGGCUCACUAGUGCGGGCCUAUAAGGACGGUGUGAACUACAUCAUCGAGACUGGCUUUGGCCUCAAAGUGACCUAUGAUCUGGUCUACUACGUCACUGUUACCGUCCCUGGAAACUAUCGUAACAAGACCUGUGGACUCUGCGGCAUCUUUGACGGAAAUCCAUCCAAUGACUUCCAACUCCCAGAUGGCAAUAUUACAAACGAUCCUAAUAUAUUCGGGAGAGCCUGGAAAGUGGACAUCCCUGGAUCUGUGUGUGAAGAGGACGGAUGCGUAACAGGCGCAUGUCUGAACUGCGAUCCCCAGCUGAAAGCCAUCUUUGAAAAGCCUCCAUAUUGUGGGGUUCUGAUUGAUCCCAAUGGGCCGUUUUCUGCCUGUCACGCUAUGCUGAAUCCUUCAGCUUAUCUAAAGGACUGCGUGUUUGAUACAUGUGUGUCUGGGGGCAGCAGCAAGGUGGUUUGUGACAGUGUGGCAAGAUAUGCUAUUAACUGCCACACAGCCGGAGUCAGUAUACAAAAUUGGAGGACAGACUCUUUUUGCCCAAUGUUGUGUCCAGCUCACAGUCAUUAUGAGCUGUGUUCAGAUGUCUGCUCUGCUGCCUGUCCUGGCCUCACCUCAAUAAUCCAGUGUCCCAAGACUUGCACAGAGGGCUGUGCUUGUGACGGGGGUUUCCUCUUCAAUGGCCAGAUCUGUGUUGAACACCAGCAAUGCGGCUGCUAUGAGCAGGGACGGACGUUUAAGGCUGGUGAGGUGGUUUACCUUAACUACUGUGAGCAGAAAUGUCAGUGUGAUCCAGGGACAGGACUGACCUGUGAGAAAUCCAGCUGUCCCAAUGGCACCGAGUGUUUACUCAGAGAUGGAGUGUGGAACUGCUCUUAUCAAGAUCCAUGUAAAAACAUCCGCUGUCGAGAAAAAGAGACGUGCACCGUAGAAUCUGGCAGGGCUGUUUGCAUGCCCCUGUACCGCAGCAGCUGCUGGGCAUGGGGUGACCCGCACUACAACACCUUUGACGGCUAUGACUAUGACUUCCAGGGCACCUGCAGAUACGUCUUAUCCAAGACCUGUGGGCUUUUAAGUGGACUGGAGCCCUUCUCUGUGACUCAGAGCAAUGAAAACCGUGGCAGCCCUGCAGUAUCUUUUGUGCAGGAGGUGGAGGUCAUUGUAUACGGCAACACUCUUACUUUGGUAAACCACCAGAUGGCACAAAUCAUGGUGGAUGGUCUGCUGUUCUAUCUUCCUCUUGAUCUUCACGAUGGCCGUGUGAGGGUCCGACAGAGUGGAACCGCAGCUCUUUUGGAAACUGAUUUUGGUCUGAGCGUCUCUUAUGACUGGAACUCAAAGGUUAUCCUGCAACUUCCUAGUAGUUACUAUGGACUUGUUUGUGGCCUGUGUGGAAACUUCAAUAAUAAUAACGCAGAUGAGCUCAGAGACCCUACUGGAAAUCUUCUGCCAGGCGUGUACCAGUGGGCAAAGAGCUGGAGAGCAGAAAACAGCAGCACAUCUACAUGUCAGGAUGGCUGUGACACCAACUGCCCUGUUUGCCCUCCCGAACUGCUUGCUCUCUAUAAAACAGACACUUUCUGUGGAGUCUUGACAUCUGCAGGUCAGAGUGUGUUUAAUGUAUGUUAUGCUAAAGUGAAUCCACAGGCGUUCCAGCAAAGCUGCGUGUUUGAUUUGUGCUCCAAUAAUGGAGACCGGAGACUUCUGUGUCAGGCUCUGGAGACCUACGUCCAGCGGUGUCGACAAGAGGGAGUCAUUAUAACAGAUUGGAGAAAGAAAUACAAUUGCUCUAUCAGCUGCCCGCCCAACAGCCAUUAUGAGGCCCGUACAUCUCCUUAUGCAGUGACCUGUUCAUAUCCUGAUCAGCCACAGAAUUGCACUGAUACCUGUGUGGAAGCGUGUGUGUGUGACAGCGGGUUUGUCCUCAGUGCUGACACUUGUGUACCCACCAAUCAGUGUGGCUGUUCUUUUGAAGGCGUCUACUACCAGCCAGGCCAAACAUUCUGGGCCGACAAUCAAUGUCUUCGGCUUUGUGAGUGUAAUCGUAACUUGAGUGUCGUGGUGUGUCGUGAAUCCUCCUGUCCUGUGGGUGAGAGAUGCUCAGUUGUUGAUGGAAAAUGCAAAUGUCAACCAAUGAGCACCGGCGAAUGUGUCGCAUCUGGAGACCCACAUUAUCGCACAUUCGAUGGACUCCGUUUUGACUUCCAGGGCACGUGUGUGUAUCAGUUGGCAGCCCUGUGUGUUGAUAAAGAGGGUCUUGUGCCUUUCAAUGUGACUGUUCAGAAUGAUCAUCUCUGGGGCAAUGCAGUGAGCUUUACUAAGACUGUCAAUGUGUCUGUCAAUGGAUUCUCCAUCACGAUGACUAGAGAACAUCCCAAUCAGAUACUGGUGGACGGCCAAUUAGCAGAUCUUCCAUUUUUGCUGAAAGGCAUCUUAAUAGUUUUCCGUAGUGGUAACACUGCUCUGUUAAAGACAAAAUUUGGUCUCCAGGUGACCUUUGACUGGUCCAGUAUGACGAGGGUCACUUUGCCAAGCAAUUACAGCAGUGCAGUGUGCGGACUUUGUGGAAACUUCAACAGUGAUGUGCAGGAUGACUUUGUGAUGCGCAAUGGGACGAGGGCACCCAACAGUAGUAGUCUGGGACAAAGCUGGCAGGUUUCCACAAAACCAGACUGUUCCUCAGGUGGUUGCCUUGGCACUGGAUGCUCAUCUUGCCCUUCGACCCAGAGGGAAAAUGCCGAGCGCUAUUGUGAGAUCAUUGCAAAUCAGACAGGGCCUUUCAAAGAAUGUCACACCUAUAUUGAUCCUGGACCUUACGAAGAGGACUGCAUAUUGGACACCUGCCAGUUUCAGGGAUAUCAGGGUGUGUUGUGCAGUGCGGUGGCUGCUUAUGCAUCCGCAUGUCAGAGUCAAAGCAUUACGGUGUACCAGUGGAGAAACGCCACUUUCUGUCCUCUGUCCUGCCCACCAAACAGCCACUACAACUCCUGUUCUCCAGGUUGCACAGAGACCUGUGCUCAGCUGUCUGAACACAACUGUACCAGACCCUGCGCCGAGGCCUGCCAGUGUGACCAUGGCUUCAUCUGGAGUGGCCAGACCUGUGUGCCACAAACUGAAUGUGGCUGCUUCUAUCAAGGACGCUAUUACAAGAAACACCAGGUGUUUUAUAACCAUCCUCAGUGCAUGCAACUUUGCAUGUGUGGGGAUAAUGGAAAUGUAUCCUGCCAGACAUCAAGUUGCGGUCCAGGGGAAGCUUGCGGGAUAGUGGAUGGAGUAUUUGGAUGCCACCCUGUCAGCUUUGGACAAUGUGUGGCCACUGGUGACCCGCACUAUAUUUCUUUUGAUGGAAGGAGAUUUGACUUCCAAGGCACAUGUGUUUAUACACUCGCUAAAGUGUGUGAGUGGAGUGUAGGACAGCUGAGGAGUUUUUCAGUGGAUACGCAAAACGAGCAGUUUGGAAACAGAGGCGUUUCUGUCAUCAGGAGUUUGACUGUUAAUGUCUACAAUUUCACAAUCACCAUCAGACGAGGAGAACGCUGGAGAGUCAUUGUAAACAAUGAGUUUGUGAACCUACCUUCGUCACUUGACCAAGUCACCAUUAGCCAAGUUGGAUUCAAUGUCAUAAUCCAAACAGAUUUUGGCCUGAGAGUUCAAUAUGACACCAGUUACCAUGCAGAAGUCCAUAUACCGUCAAACUAUCAAAACAGCACUUGUGGCCUGUGCGGCAACUACAAUGGCAACCCGUCAGAUGACUUCAUGUUGCCUAAUGGGACCCAAAGCUCCAGCGCAGAGACAUUCGGACAGGCGUGGGCAUUGAAAACAACUGGUGUUCAAUGCGUAGGUGGAAGUUCCCCGAAACAAUGCAUUCAGUCUGAAACCGACAGAUACCGCAGAGAUGAUGCCUGUGGCCUGAUGGCAUCUGCCACCGGUCCCUUCAGUGCCUGUCAUGACUUGGUGAAUCCUGAGCCCCAUGUGAUUAACUGUGUGUUUGACAUGUGCGUUAUGAAUGGAGACAGAGAAACACUGUGUCAGAAUCUUCAGGGUUACGCCAUCAUCUGCCAACAAGCUGGGAUACAAAUCAUGCCAUGGAGAAAUAGUUCAUUCUGCCCUGCCGACUGUCCAGCUAACAGUCACUAUGUGCAGUGCUCUAAUAACUGUGCCAAAACCUGCGCCAGUCUUACUGCGUCCAUUAACAGCUGCCCAAACAUCUGCAUGGAAGGCUGUCAGUGUGAUGAAGGUUUCCUCUCAGAUGGAGAUCAGUGUGUGUCUGUUGGAGACUGCGGGUGUGUGCAUAACGGCAAAUACCUAAAGGUCGGUGAAGUCUCCGUGACUGAAACCUGCAAUAUGAAGUGUUUCUGUCGUGCUGCUGGAGUGCUGGAGUGUGUGAAACUAGCCUGUGCCAGCGAAGACACCUGUGAUGUUCAGAAUGGCAAACGUGAUUGUUACCCUCUUCAAGGCCUCUGUGCAUUUGAUACCAAUGACCAGUUGCUGUCUUUUGAUGGUGUUAAAGGCACUAUUGGGCAACUGGGAGCCUUUCAGAUGGCAUUCCUUUGUGAUGAACAGUCUCCCGACUGGUUCCGUGUGGUGUUAGACAUACAUGCAUGUGCCAGGAAUCAAUCUGGUAACAUGAAAAUAGUCCACGUUUUCUUCCAGGACAUGAUCAUCACGGUCAACAACCGGCUACACAGCUGGGUGAAUGGAAAAAACAUCUCCUAUCCCUUUAUACCUAAAAAAGGCCUGUCAGUCUCAUUCAGAAAUGAGGCAGUCAUCAUUGAGAAGAUGUCUACUCUGAGACUGACUUACUCUGUCGCUGAAGGGGUGGCGUUAACCAUAAGCACAGACCUGAGGGGCAAUGUUUGUGGUGCCUGUGGCAACUUCAAUGGAGAUUCUGCAGAUGAUAUGACAAUUUCUGCUGGGAGAAACUCCACUGUGAUGUCUCUGGAUGUAUCCUCCUGGAAGGCUGAAGACUUCUUUACAUGUGAUAUGUAACACAACUGGAAGGGAAUAUGUUGCCACCGCAGAGAUACGUAUCUGAAAUUGUACAUCUCUUUAUUGCACUUUUAUAUUUUAAAAAUAUGCACAAUAAAUACACUUCUGUUCUGAAAUCUGCCUUCAGAAUUGUUUAGUAAUGUUUUUUUUUUUUAUAACUCCUUGACAUGUACACAAAACACCAGCAGAUGGCAGCAACAAACAAUUCUUUACUCAAACGUUUUGAGUAGUAUUUUAAAACCAUACUAUAGUAAAGUACUUAAAUUAAUUUGUAGUGGUCAUUCUAUAGUUGCUGUGGUAAUAGAACAACUAUAAUAAUAUGAACAAAUUAAUCAAAAGGUUUUUAACAGCAAAAAUAAUUAUUCAUCAGCCAUAUAAUUAUAU